AUGACGGCAUCCGGCGGAGGAGGAGGAGGAACAAACGAUGGCGCCGCCACCAACGGUGGAGAUCGUUGGGACCAGCUUCUGACGUCGUAUAACGUCAAACAACUACUCGAUUCCGUGGACGCUUUCCUCUUCGAUUGCGAUGGCGUGAUAUGGAGAGGAGAUGUGCUGAUCGACGGGGUCUCUGAAACUCUGGAUUUUCUCCGCUCCCUGGGGAAGAAACUGGUUUUUGUGACUAAUAAUUCUACGAAAUCAAGAAAGCAAUAUUCUCAGAAGUUCCACUCAUUGGGAAUAAUUGUUAGUGAGGAUGAGAUAUUUUCCUCCUCUUUUGCGGCUGCCAUGUACUUGAAAGUUAAUAACUUCUCUGAAGAAAAAAAGGUGUAUGUAAUUGGGGGUGAAGGCAUUUUGGAUGAGCUGAAGCUAGCUGGAUAUACUGGCCUUGGAGGCCCCGACGAUGGAAAAAAGACGGUAGAAUUGAAGCCAAACUGUCUUUUUGACCAUGAUAAGAAUGUUGGAGCUGUUGUUGUUGGACUGGACCCAAAUAUAAACUACUAUAAACUGCAGUAUGGAACACUUUGCAUACGUGAAAACCCAGGGUGCCUUUUUAUAGCUACCAACCGUGAUUCAGUUGGUCAUAUGACAAAUCUGCAAGAAUGGCCCGGUGCUGGGUGUAUGGUUGCUGCAAUUUGUGGAUCCACUGAAAAAGAACCUAUUGUGGUUGGGAAACCAUCAACCUUCAUGAUGAACUUUUUACUACAGAAGUUCAAUAUCAGUACGUCGAGAAUGUGUAUGGUAGGUGAUAGACUGGACACAGAUAUCCUGUUCGGGCAGAAUGCUGGAUGUACAACUCUUCUUGUUCUUUCAGGCGUGACGAAUGCAUCCGCACUUGAAGAUCCCUCGCGUAAGAUUCGACCGGAUUAUUACACCAACAAGGUCUCCGACCUCAAGAGAUUAUUUCUUAAUGACAGUCAACAAGUAUGA